GCAUGCUUUUUUCAUCAACUCACUUCUAAACCAUUCUAUCAUACACUAUUUUUAAACAUUUUUUUUAGUCUCACACCACUUAAAUUAACGAUCAUGGAUUUUGGAAACUUAACUGAUUUUCUCGGAAAUAAAAAAAUCUUAGUUACCGGUGCUACUGGCUUCAUCGCUAAGAUUCUUGUAGAAAAGAUACUUCGGAUUCAACCAAAUGUUAAGAAAUUAUACCUUCUCGUAAGGGCUAGAGAUGCGAAAACCGCUAAUGUAAGGCUUCAAGAUGAGAUUCUUGGGAAGGAAUUGUUCAAAGUUUUAAGAGAAAAAUUGGGAUCAAACUUUGAGUCUUUCAUGUCAGAAAAAAUAAGUGCCAUUGCUGGAGAUACUUCUUAUGAUAACUUGGGAAUUACUGCUCAUGAGCUUGAUCAAAUGUUUGGGGAAAUUGAUAUUGUUAUUAAUGUUGCUGCUACUACCAAGUUUUUGGAAAGAUAUGAUAUGGCAUUGGGAGUGAACACAUUUGGAGCUAAGAAUGUGGUCAACUUUGCAAAGAAAUGUCCUAAAAUACAGUUGUUAAUCCAUGUUUCCACUGCAUAUGUAUGUGGAGAGAAGGCAGGAUUAAUACCAGAAAAGCCAUUAGAAAUGGGUGAAACUUUAAAUGGAGUGUCAGGUUUGGAUAUUGAUUUUGAGAAAAAGUUUGCUGAACAAAUUUUGAGCAAUCUUAAAGCUCAACAACUACCAGAAAAUGAUAUUAAACGAACGAUGAAGGACUUGGGACUUGAAAGGGCAAGGAAAUACGGAUGGCCAAAUACAUACGUAUUUACCAAAGCAAUGGGAGAGAUGCUUGUAGGGAAACUCAGAGGAGAUUUGCCUGUGGUGAUAUUAAGGCCUACUAUUGUUUGUAGCACUUUGAAUGAACCUUUUCCUGGUUGGGUUGAAGGUUGCAGGACUAUUGAUAGUGUUGCAGUUAUUUACGGAAAAGGAAGUCUUAAUUUAUUUCCCGCUGACAAAAAUUCCGUCUUUGACUUGAUACCAGCUGAUAUGUUCGUAAAUUCCAUAAUUGUGUCGAUGAAGGCUCACGUAAAUCAAGCGAAUUUGACUGUAUACCAAGUUGGAAGCUCAUACAGAAAUCCGGUAACAUUUCAAGAAAUGCAUGACUUGCAUUACAAUUACUUUGCUAAGCAUCCAUGGACAAAUCGUGAAGGCAACCCCGUAAAAGUUGGGAAGGGGGUCGUAUUGAAUAAUAUAUUUAUAUUCGAAAUAAUUCUUUUCCUAUGGCAUUAUUUACUGCAAAUGAUCUUAUUUAUGGUGACUAGAAUGGGUCUUAGUGACGUACAACGAACUCUAUUUAAUCUUGACAAAAAGCUGAAAAUAGCAAUGAAACUGGUGGAAUUAUACAAACCCUAUUUGUUCUUCAAGGCCAUUUUUGCUGACACAAAUACAGAAAGAUUACUUAUAACUGCUCGUGAAAAUAGUUUGGAUGAAAACAUGUUCAAUUUCGAUUCAAAAUCCAUCAACUGGAAAGAGUUCUUCGUGAAUGUACACAUUCCAGCAAUUGUCAAAUAUUUGUUCUAGUAAUUUAAUUGGCAACAUCUUCCAUUGCAAGCCCUUUAUAAAUGUAUUUUUUUAGCUCGCAAUAGUAAAUACUUCAAACUUUAUUCAGAAUGAGAUCAUCCAUUUUAAUUUGCACAUUUUGACCAAAACUAUAAAAUUUUUGGUCAAAAUAUUAUAAACAAAUUAAAACGGAGAAAGUAGUAUAUUGAUCACUUGAUCGUAAAUGUGUAAAUCUUAAUGAUAAGGAGAUUUCGAUUUGGGAUUCUCCUCUUAUUUUAUACUUUUUUUAUUUAUAUUGUAAUGGUUGCAUAAUUCUUGUAUUUUAACAUGCUAUAUAUUGAAAUCUUUUUUCACAA